CAAUCCACGAAUCAAAUUAGGUUUCGACAAAUGAUAUCAGAGAUCAUUUCCAAUCGUCAAAUCCCAAUCUGCAAAUCUACAUCUACAUCUGCCUAUUCUGUACAUCUACACAAAUCCAAACUUGCAUGACGCAGCCUUAAGCCUCUAUAAGACUUACGAUAUUCUUUUAAACUGGUUGGAAACCGAUACCCGAUCUACAUAAUCUCUGUCCUUUAAUUGCAACAUAAUCAAAAACGUGUUCUUGUAAAUCUUCCAAGGUUAUUCAAUGUGGUAAACAUCCUUCAGAGCAUGGCCUAACAUCUACAUCCCGUAAUCGGUAACUCAUUCAUGAUGGCUUCCUCUCCCACUCAAAUACCUAUCAUCCAGGUCACGGACGGCGACGCGGCUGCGCCCUCUCCUGUAAUUCCCGACAAUCGCGACCAUGCCGAACCGCCUGUGAUAUCUCCACCCGUUCCAUCAUCUGAUCCUCCUCCGAACACUCGACGAUGUUUCGUCUGCCUCACCGACGAGCCCGAGGCUACCUUACCCUCUGAUUGGUCGAAGCCAUGUACAUGCUCAUUAGAAGGACAUCACGAGUGUCUGAUGGCUUGGGUCACCGAUCUCGAAAACCAAGCCAAGGAGAUCAAGUGUCCGAUAUGCAAAUCUCCCAUCACGAUUACCGAGAAAUGGGAUCUAGCCAUACAACUUAACCAGUAUCUCAACAAGAAGUUCACCAGAUGGUCUCCACGCAUUCUAUUCGGCUUCAUCGCGUCCGGCGCCCUAGUUAGCAGCUCAAUAUACGGCGCAAAGGCCAUCGACCUAUUUGCGGGGACCGACGCCACGAUCAACUUCCUCCUUAACUCCGAGCUGAAAACCAAAACUCUAGCUGAGGUUAUGCGCCAACCUAGUGAGACGGGAGCCACGGACGGCGCACUGCCGAUCAACUUGUUGCACUUUGCUGUGCUACCCCUCAUCGCCCCAGGCCUUGUACUCAACCGACUACGUCUAGGAGAGGUUAUCUUGAUCCCCGCGUCCCUACUGUACGCGACACUAAUCGAUCAGACGAACGAAUACGUCGCCUGGCCACCGUCCCCCGAACGCGCCUUGACCCUCUACCCAGCAAUCAAAGCGACCUACUUCCACCUACAUAACACGAUUUCCAAGAACCUUGAGAAGCGAUGGGAGGCACAGGCGCGAAAACUUACACCUCACAACGGAGCCGACCAACCUCCCGCUGUUCAAGAACCACCCGAACCACAAGAAGGCGGAAACCUUCUCGACUUCGAAAUCGAUAUCCAGAUAGGAAUUGAAGACGAAGAGGAGGCUAACAACGAACAAGCCAAUCGUCGAAACAGAGCUUUGGAUGGUGGUAGAUCGCCGGUUAACUUCUUGGCCGGAGCUCUGGUCUGGCCUGGCGUGUGUUAUGGGGUAGGCGAGUUCUUGCGCCUGGUCCUACCUUCGCGCUUCACCUCGCGCCCGCUAUUGGGUCCGAAUACGGGUAUACUCCAGGAACGAUGGGGACGAAGUUUAGUUGGCGGUUGUCUGUUUGUCGUGCUGAAGGACGCUUUCUUCCUAUGGGUCAAAUACAGACGUAUGAUGAACCGCGCAUCCCGACGUAUCAAGAACGCAGAGAACCGCAACUUACGUCGUUAGGAGUGACUUAUCUACCCACCUAGGCAUGUAAUUGGCAAAUGGCAAAGGGGACGAAUAAAACAUGGAGGAGGGUGAAGAAGAUGGAAAAUAAAAGCAAGGGCAGGCGUUCGGGAAGCUCUCUACUUGAUUGAUUGAUGGAUGGAAUUCUAACUAGGGAACGGCAUCUGAAUAGCACUCAAGGCGAUGAUCGGAGAUUACUAAGCAUAGGCGUGGAUAUAUCCUGCUCCCCAUGGGAUUUCUUCUUUGUUUUAUUGUGGCUUUGGUUUGUGAGAUACCAGGUAAUUCUUUUUAAUGCUCCGCGCGCGCUGGGAUGAGGCGUUGCUCGAUGGGGGUUAUUGCUCCUGUGCGCUUGGCUUUGUGUUUGGUGAUUUUGCUGUGGGUGAUUUUGAUGAUGGUGUUUAGGUGCUCAGAGGUAGUGUGAUAGAGGUAGAGGUAUGUAUACCUAGAUGGGAUGAGAUUAAAGUGUGCUAGUAAUUAGAAGUUUUAGAAGAAGGUUGUAUAAGUUACUCUAUUCAUAGGUAUCUUGGGGAUGCUAAUAUGUGCCCAUCUAGUGAGAACUAAUUAAGUGAGGG